AUGGAAAGAUUCAGAUUCAUAAGAAAGCUUAGCAGAGGUGUGCAUGGGACAGUGUAUCUUCUUGAGACAAUAGAUUCGGGAAAGGAAAAGAUGGCCUGCAAGUCUAUCCUUUGGAAGUAUAAGAAGUAUGCAGAGAGAGAAGUCAAGAUAUUAUCUUUAAUAUCACAUAAAAGAAUAGUAAAGCUUCUGGACUUUUUCCCAAGAGAUUCUGGAAUAUUCAUCAUCCUUGAAUAUGUGAAUUGUGGAAGCCUGCAUGAAAUGAUAAGCCAUCUUGUGGAAAACAACUACAGGGCCCCAAACUGUUUGGUAUGGUCUGUGCUAGUACAGAUUGCAGAUGGCUUGAGAUAUUUGCAUAACAAGCAUAUUGCCCACAGGGACAUAAAACCAUCAAACAUCCUUAUUGAACGAGUUUUUGUACAGAGUGGAGCAUUAAUUGAAUUUAAGCUUUGCGACUUUGCCAUGGCGAAGGAGCUUUAUGAAGGAAACAGAACAUGCGAGAUUGCCGGGACACCUUCAUAUAUGGCACCCGAGGUUGUGUCUCGAGAGUAUUACAAUAUUUCAAUAGAUAUAUGGAGCCUAGGUGUUUCCGUAUAUGAACUAUUGACCUUGAAAAAGCCUUUCGAGGGGAGAAGCAGAGAUGAGCUCUUUGGAAUGAUUAAACAAGCAAGGCUUCCACAGGUGAUAUCUCCAGACAUUGAGUUGGAAAGAUUAAUCAGGAGAUGUCUGUCUAAAAACGAUAGAAUAUCCUCUGGAGCAAUCUUCAACGACAAGAAGGCCAAGGCUCAUCUCGAAGUUUCAGAAGCUGAACUAGGAGGCGUUAGAAGAUUCUUAAAAAUGAAAGAUCGUAGGAAUAUCGAUAAAUAG